UGUUUUAACAGAUUCUUAAGGGGUAAAGAUGACAGAAGUAAAGAGUUGGGCAUUUUGGAGGGCUGUGGCUGCAGAGUUUGUUGGUAUGUUACUGUUCAUACUUAUUGGCCUAUCCUCUAUUGUUGGAAUAGGUCUGGGCAAUGAUAAAAAUCAGAUGAUUGCUCAGGAAAUAAAGGUCUCGUUGGCCUUUGCACUAGCCAUUGCCACACUGGCUCAGAGUUUGGGGCACAUCAGUGGAGCACACUUGAACCCUGCGGUCACCCUGGGCCUCCUGGUCAACUGCCAGAUCAGUGCACUCAGAUGUGCGUUCUACAUCCUCGCUCAAAUGCUUGGGGCAAUUGCAGCCAGCGCUGUUGUGAAUGGAUAUAAGCCUGGAGAGUCUCUUGGUGUUAAUGCGCUAAAUGUCAGUGUAGGAGCAGGUUUUGCCAUCGAAUUCUUUGCCACCCUUCAGCUGGUUCUGUGUAUCAUAGCAGUGACUGACAAGCGAAGGACUGAUGUUACAGGCUCUGCACCCUUGGCUAUUGGGCUGUCGGUGGGACUUGGGCAUUUAACAGCUAUAAGUUUCACUGGAUGUGGCAUCAACCCUGCUCGUUCCUUUGGGCCGGCUUUGAUACUGGGCAAAAUGAAAAACCACUGGGUGUACUGGCUGGCACCGAUGUGUGGUGGCAUAGCGGCAUCUCUUAUCUAUGAUUUCCUUCUGUAUCCACAAACACGCAACUUUAGUAGUCGCAUUGGCAUCCUGGUUCACGGUCCACAAGAAGAAUAUGUGGAGAUAAAUGGAGAGGAAAACAAUAGUCCGGGGCCAAGUCACUGGCCAAAACAGUGAACAAUGUGAAAUUUUAGCUUUUCUAUCUGUCAGCAUUUUAUUUAUUUUUUUACUAUACUUUAAAAAGGCCAUCAGUUUUAUUCUUAUUUUGCAGUG